AUGCUGGGGAUCUUGGCCCGUCCCGAACAUGAGCUCAGUCACGCCGACGCCGUCUUAGAACUUGUUCAGCUAAAGUAUGCGCUUGGCCAUGAGAAAUACAAAGCCGAUCCCUGGCCGUGUAUGCUUGUCAAGUCGGAUAUCAAUUCCAAGCUGGAGGCCGUCUGUGAGGGUAUGAAUGAGGAAUUGAAGUAUGGAUUCGAUAAAUAUAUCGGAUGUGAUAAAGAGUCAUGGAAGGAAGUGCAUUUGUUGGAGACUAUUCGAAUGGUCAUGAUUGCCGCGGCGAGUCGAUUUAUGGUUGGGUUUCCUUUGUGCCGCAACGAAGUGUAUCUUCGAGCCUGCUGGAAGGUCAAUGAUGGGAUUGUGAUCAACGGUGGUCUCACUGGUGCCACUCCACGUCUUCUGCGCCCAAUCGUUGGUCCGUUGGUUACUAUGAAUCUCCGUCGAAACAUCGAACAGGUCAGGAAACAAGUAGAGCCUAUUUAUCGCCAGCGGGUACAAGCAUUGAGCCAGCACAACAACUCCGGAAAGCUCGAUGGCAAAGAAUCUCAGGAUCUCUUCCAGAAAAUGCUGCAUUACGCCCAGAAAGAGCGACCAGACGAACUGCACGACCUCCCCAGCAUGUCCAGACGACUGUGUUUUGCCAACUUUGCAGCCGUACAUCAGACAACCCUCCUUGUAACAAACAUGAUACUCAAUAUUCUCGCCUCAGACUCGCAAUACAAUACCAUCUCCGUCCUCCGCGACGAAGUCACCGAUAUCAUUGGUCCCGACAGCAACGCCAAAUGGACCAAAUACAAGGUCGCACAGAUGAUCAGAUCCGACAGCGUAGCUCGUGAAACCAUGCGUCUACAUUCAAACACCAACAGGGGCGUCUUCCGCAAGGUUCUAACCGAGGGAAUCAAGACGGAGGAUGGCAUUGAGCUUCCCAAAGGCGCAUACAUCUCCUUCCUGGGUCGUCCACUCCAAUGCGACCCCGAAGCCUUUGAGAAUCCUCUCGAGUACGAUCCUUUCCGGUUUUCUCGAGUCCGGGAGACGACUCCCAAAGAUACGAAAGGCAAGUCAAUCACGAACCAUCUGAGCUUUGUGUCGACAUCGCCAGAGCACCUGCCUUUUGGCCAUGGACGUCAUUCAUGUCCGGGUAGGUUCCUGGUUGAUUUUGAGGUCAAGAUGAUCAUUGCCUAUCUUCUAAUGAAUUAUGAUAUCGAGUUUCCGGUUGAGUAUGAAAGAAAGAGACCUGCAAAUCGGUGGAUGGCCGAGGCUCUGGUUCCGCCUUCAGGGGUGCGAAUCAAGAUAAAGAGGCGAAGCUAA